CAUGACACAGGCACAGACUAUGGCGGACCUCGAGCAGCUGAUCACAAGUGCAGCCAUGGUUUUUUCGAGCCCCUGUACUGGUCCAGGUGUGGAAAAACACUUCAACAACCUUCAGAUAUUACUGCAGGGACAUACCAUUGACGAGGGCACCACAGAAGAGGAGGACUUUGUACUCUCAGAAAUAAAGAGUGAUUCCGGGCCUUCCCCAUUCUCCGAGCAUUUUGGCAAAAUGUUGACUACCCUUCGGUCACAGCUGGAGACAAAGGGACCCCAAAAUGUGUACUACUCCCCAAAUUUCAUUGGGAAAAUCGUGGCCAACCUUCUACCUCAGGCUCCUCUCUGGACUGCUCUGCUCUUGGGUGAUCUGGGACGGCAUGGGAACGGACCAUUAUAUGAAAAGCUGUCCAGGAAAUACCAACAAGCAGCAGGGACACCUAGACAGAAUUACACGGCCGACAAUCACACCCAAGGGAUAAUGGAAAAAAGCCAGUGGGACCUCAAGAAGGUGCGGCUAGAGCAGAGGAGAUUCGCCCGAUUUGAUGAUUUUGUUUUGAUGCACCAAGCCAGCCUCUCUGCAUUGCUCAUGGAAUAUGCAGAUGCUGUCAGGAGCAGCAAGCAGAAGCAACAUCGGGUGGACACAGAGAAAUGGGGCAAGAAAGAAAAACGGAGGCGAGGGGUAUACGUGACCCCAAGGCAAAAGGCCUUCUCUUUUAAGAAUACAAAGCCUUCCGAGAGCGACCCACCUUCACCCCACACCCCAACUGAUGGUCCUUCCACAUCACAGAAACAUCACAAAGGCAACCUACCAUCUGAAGAAGAGAUUGAACAGCACAAAGACCUCCCACUGGAAGAGGAAGAGAUUGAACAGCACAAAUACCUCCCAUCGGAAGAGGAAGAGCUGCAGUCACUGUGGGGGAGACCCGAGACGGUGGCGGUUGUAGCAGUUGUUCCAUCCCAAAUAAGAGGACGCUCGUUCACUAUCCGCCACUGUGAUUUAAACAGUGUCCGCCCGAACCAGUGGCUCGUGGGCGAUGUGAUCCAAUCGCUCAUGCACCUCAAGGUCUCCGAACUGCAGCUUGAGGAGCGAGUGUAUGUGAUGGACCCCUAUGUGGCACACAUCAUUCUCCAUGGGAGUAGGGAGGCUGUGUGGGGCCAGCUGUUGCCUCGUGUGAAUUUCGACAGUUACGAGGCAGUCAUGUCCUUCGUCAACAUCAGCAAUGUUCACUGGAAGCUCCUGUACCUGAGUGCCCUGGAUCGCAAGGUCUUCGUGGUGGACCCUGCCCGCAAUCCUGAUGAACAGGAGGACUCAGAUGCAGCAGCCAAAAAAUUCCGUGAAUAUUUCAAGACGAGACUCACUCUGCUCCACAAAUCUGACUGGGCCACCAUCAAGUGGACUGGCGACACCAUGACCCACCCAGUCCAAAGAGACGGCAGCAGCUGUGGUGUCAUGGUGAUCUUGAUGGCCGAGGCACUAUUGGCUGCUUAUCCUGAGAGGCCCACAAUUACCUUCCCCACCACAGCGGCAUGCAUGGUGAAAGAGAGGACACGGAUGGCACUGGAUAUCCUUAAGGGCUCCGUUUUUGACAAGGACAGCACCUGUGCCAAGUGUGGUGGAGAGAAGCCACAAGGGAGUGAUCCCACAAUAUACUGGAUCCAGUGUGACCUCUGCAACCGCUGGUACCACCUGCAGUGCCUAAGAGAUGCGCCUGAGGACACCAAGGCUCGAUGGCUAUGUAUGCUGUGCGUGUGAGUGAGUGAGAGAGAGAGAACGAGAGAGAGACCACUAAAGUGCUGUGGUUUUAGUUUACUGUUUUUAUUUGUCUUCUGAAGUUCCUCUUGUUUAGGGCUAAGCAGUGAAGCUGGCAAAGGUGCCUUAUGUCUUAGUAGUUUUUUCCCACUUGUUCUUAUUAUUAUGAAACCCCUUUCGUCUCCUUAGAGAGACUAUGGCUGCGGAAAUCGGAACACAUAUUCGGACCAGUCUCCACAUUACCCACAGCAAUUUACAGGUCCCCAACCCUCUAAUGUAACAUUUUAGCUAGAUGUCUGCCUGUAGCUUUUGAACUGUAUGCCUAAUUUUCUAAAUCCUUAAGUCCUUAAGCUAUGUCAAUCUUAAGGCACCCUAUGCCGUCAUGUCAACCAAUUUUGGAUUUUGUUAAAAUCAAUAACAAAAGGUACUUGUCCAGUUUUUUUUUAGGUUGUUUUUUUUUUAGAAUGACCUAAUGGAGUGAUGUGUAUUUGUGCUCCAUUACUUCGUUACUUGUUCAGAUUGUUCAGAUGAAACCUGUUAAUGAAAAUAAUGUAAAUAAAACAACUUGUGUUGUGUAUAUAGUGGAAUGGUGUUCAUUAUAAAAAGCAAUGUCCUUAAACGGUGUUAAUUUUUGUUUGUCUUUUUUCACAAUGGUGAUCUUAAAGAGCAGAUUUCCUUAAAGUCUCACACACACACACUUUUGUACUACUGUAACCGCAGAGAUACACCAGCGGCGAUUCGAUUCAAGCGACAGAGUGUAGCAGCAAGCGAUACGAGAUUGAGGAGACUAGAGUAUGUCCGCACAGGCAGGAGGCAAAGCAUUCAAGCAUUCCCAUUGGCUGUGGUCACUGACCUCUAUACAGUCAUUGGCUGUCGCGGCUUGUCGCCGAACCGCGUCAUAGAAAGUUUAAAAGAUUUCAACU